CGAAAAGUCUGCCGAACACCUGCAGGUACUGAACUGGAUGAAAGCGGGAUUCGAGUACUCCGAUUUGCUGCUGACGGUCAGUCCCACGUAUGCAGCCGAGGUCGCUACAGAGCACGAGCGUGCGCAGAUUUGCAAGACCUGAUUUCAAGAAAGGGGAUGCUUGGGAUAAUGAACGGCGCAGAUGUGACGGAGUGGAGUCCGGUCAAUGACAAGUUCCUGCCUAAGAGAUACGACCUCAACUCGGUGUUUGACGUCAAGCCCUCGUUGAAGCAGCAGUUGCAGGCGGAGGCAGGCUUCGCAGCCCGUCCGGAAGUUCCUUUGUUUGGAUUCAUGGGCCGGCUGGACGAGCAGAAGGGGUCGGACAUCUUGGCAGCCGCCAUCCUUAAACUCGUGGAAGAGCUGAAAGGAGAAGCGCAGUUCAUCAUGCUGGGAACGGGCAAGGCUCAGUAUGAGAAGCAGCUGCAAAAUUUGGAGAAAAGGUUUCCCGAACAGGUGCGGGCAAUGACGAGGUUCAGUCCCCGACUGGCCCACAUGAUCGUUGCCGGGUGUGACUUCAUGGUGCUGCCCAGCCGCUUCGAGCCUGCCGGACUCGUGCAGCUGCACGCCAUGCUCUACGGCACGAUUCCAGUUGUUGCGUCUACAGGCGGUUUUCUGGACUCAGUCCGCGACGGUGUAACUGGCUUGCACAUGGGGAAGUUCGGCCCGGAAGGGGGGGCAGAGGAGGUCAUCAAGGCUGUGGAGGGACUUAAGCGGGCCAUCGAGGUGUUUUCAACCCCUCACUUCAGCAGCAUGGUCGUGGCCGCCAUGUCGCAGGACCUCUCCUGGAAGGUGGGUGAGUGAGCAAAGAGAGGUGACCAUUGAGCAAUGCCUUCCCACGCUGAUGUUACUAUCUUGAUAGGCACACGUACUUGCGUGUAUUCGCGU